CGCCCACCUGACAAAGAACACAGGACAAGGAAGGAAAGCGACAACUUCAUUUGGCUAGUUAGCUGGGGAAUUAGCAUCUUCUUCUUCCUCGACCUUUUCGACCCACCGAAACAUCCCGAACCCCCCGCCCCUCAUUGACCAUACCAACCGCAUCAAUGUCGUAAAUUGGCCCACUCUUUAGUUUAAAAAAUAAUAAUUUUUCUUUAAUGGCGUCCAACGGCCACCGCCACCAGCGCAACGAUGACAGCGCGGACGACGAGGACGAAACGCCCACGAAGAAGCAGCCGCGCUCCGACAAAGACGCGCCCGGCUCAGGCUGUCUUCUCCGGAGCGAGGUCGACAAGGAGGCGGCGGCCGCGCCGACCGGACGUGCCUCGUCGCCCCGCCACGCCUCCGACGCGACGCCGAGGUUUCGCAGCGACGCCGUGAAGAAGAGCAGGCCGCCGUUCCCGUGGUUCGGCAUGGACAUCGGCGGCACGCUGGUGAAGCUGGUGUACUUCGAGCCCCGCGACAUCACGGCGGAGGAGGAGCAAGAGGAGGUGGAGAACCUGAAGAGCAUCCGCCGCUACCUGACGUCCAACACGGCGUACGGCACUACGGGCAUCCGCGACGUGCACCUGGAGCUGCAGGAGCUGACGCUGUGCGGCCGCACGGGCAACCUGCACUUCAUCCGCUUCCCCACGCACGACCUGCCCGCCUUCCUGCAAAUGGGCCGCAACAAGCACUUCUCCAGCCUGCACACCAGCCUCUGCGCCACCGGCGGCGGUGCCUACAAGUUUGAGGCCGACUUUCGCACGAUGGCCGACCUGCAGCUCCACAAGCUGGACGAGUUGGACUGCCUGAUCCGCGGCGUGCUCUACAUCGACGCCGUGGUCUCCGGGGGUCCCUCCGAGUGCUACUACUUCGAGAAUCCCACAGAGCCGGAACGGUGCGUGCAGCGGCCGUACGCGCUAGAGAACCCGUACCCGCUGCUGCUUGUCAACAUCGGCUCCGGCGUCAGCAUCCUGGCCGUCUACUCGGAGAACAACUACAAGCGCGUCACCGGGACCAGCCUGGGCGGGGGGACGUUUCUGGGCCUGUGCUGCCUGCUGACGGGCUGCUCCACGUUUGAGGAGGCUCUGGAAAUGGCGUCGCAGGGGGAGAGCACCCACGUGGACAAACUGGUGAGGGACAUCUACGGCGGCGACUACGAGCGCUUCGGCCUGCCGGGCUGGGCCGUGGCCUCCAGUUUUGGCAACAUGAUGUCCAAAGACAAGCGUGAGUCGGUGUCCAAGGAGGAUCUGGCCAGGGCCACGCUGGUCACCAUCACCAACAACAUCGGCUCCAUCACGCGCAUGUGUGCGCUCAACGAGAACAUCGAGCGUGUGGUUUUUGUGGGGAACUUCCUGCGCGUCAACACACUGUCCAUGAAGCUGCUGGCCUACGCCAUGGACUACUGGUCCAAAGGUCAACUCAAAGCGCUCUUCUUGCGCCACGAGGGUUAUUUUGGAGCCGUCGGAGCUCUGCUGGAGCUGCUGCAUCCGUCCUGAAGCGGCCAACGGAGAAAAACAUCUCAGACGGCGUCAAGCUGCUGCAAAGCAAAAGAAAAUGUUGAACUUUAAAAUUUUUACGGUCCAGGAUCAUGACGCUCUUUCUCUGUGCUUUCAGGACGCCGGUGUGUCCGCUUGCAAAAAAGAGAUGACAGUCACCACGUUGGCCUGAAAACGCGCAAAACGUAGCACUGAUACCAUUUUUUGGUGGCUCAUUUCACCUUCAUUCGGUUUAGGAAGUAUUUAAACACGGGACCUGGUGUUCGGUCCACGAAACAACCUCCCAAAAAAGACAAAAACAAUCAACGUAAUGCUAGAUAUGCAAAUCAGAAUACUAUAUUCCUCCAUUAAAUGACUGUACCUUAAUAGACGCCUCUCGAAUAGAUAGAAAUUGUCAUCUCACAUUUUUGCAACAGCUGAGCUCUGUUGCUAACCAAAACAGUUGCAGGCACAGUGGCAAUUAGCGUUGCAGUGCUUGCUCCACAUUGUUGCGUGCGUUCAUAUUUAUGUUACGCCAAAAAAUAAACCCCUCUCCCCAAAUAGACACCUCCUAAACGGUGAGUAAACAUUAUCUCGCUGGGAAGUGACUGAGCCCAUUUGAACUCUGUUGCCAACCAAAACAGCUGCGGACAGAGCGACAAUUAGCAUUCCAGUGAUUGUGCACAUCCAUGUUUAUUGUUACGCCAACAAAUAAACGCCUUGACCCAAAUAGACGUCUCCCCAAAAAGCUAGAAACCGUAAUUAUCGCACUAAAAAGUUAACUUUGAUCUCUGUUCACCUCAAAAACUCAAAAUCUUACCAAGAAUAUUUCUUAUUUCUGGUCAGAACUAAUUAGAAUAAGACUCAUCACCUAAAAACUUGUUUCAAGACAAUUUUCACUUGUUUCAAGCCAAGUUUCACUUGAAAUAAGUACAGAAAAAAAUUAUCAAUGAAAUAAAAAAAAAAAGUAGUCCACUUUUUUUCCAUUUUAAGUAAAACUUAGCUUGAAACAAGUGAAAAUUGUCUAUAAACAAGUUACUUUUUAGGUGAUGAGUCUUAAUUUAAAAGUAAUCAGAUUAGAUAUGAGUAGAAAUAAGAAAAUAUUCUUCUUAAGAUUUUGAGUUUUUGCAGUGUUGCUAACCACGGCAACCUCAGAGACGACGUUUUCGGCGUUCCAGUCAUCACUGCAUGUUUAUGCGAUGCUAACAAAUAAACUCUUCGACCCAAAAGAUACCUCCCAAAACGGCUCGUAACUGUCAAUAAUUCGCUAGCGGUUAGCGGCUGAGCCCAUUUGUGCUCUGUUGCUAACCAAAACCGCAACGGAGGCGGCAGCGGCCCCAUACGUAACAGAUGGAGCAAUUCAACACGCCUACCCUAAAUAGGUGCCUUCCCAACACGAGUAACUGCAACUAGUUGCUAUCGUUAACACACGGUUCUGAGCCCAUUUUCUGACUGUUGCUAACCAAAACAGCAGCAGACAAAUAAACGCCUCUAACCAAAUACCGCCCCCUCCCCAAACGUAAUAACUGUUACGAGUUAACUGCUGAACCAAUUAAAACUGUUGCUAACCAAAACAGAAGCACUACCGAAAGUCUUUCAGAUGAAUGAAGGUUUUGUUGUGAAUGCGUUACGACGACAUGUUUGACGACGAUUAGAGUUGUGUGCGUCCAUGUUAACGUUCUGGUACUUUCUCAGUCUACCAAUUUGGUCUUAAAUCCUCCUCGGGCUCGUUUUUCUCGACGAGGACAGUAGCACACGUUUGAGUUUUGUGUACAUGCGUGGUCCUGUAAAGGUCAGCGAAUGAUGAAGUGCCUGCCAUGCCUGCCAACAAUCAUUUUUAUACUGUGACUUUUAAGAGUGAAAAAAAGCUUUUUUCUUUUUUCCUGUUUCAGGUUUUUUAUUGAAGUGUGAUCAUUCCAAUAAACAACUUGAUUACUGGUUA